CAAAUUAAGUACUUGCCUUUCACCGCCUGUCUCUCUGUGUUGUAAAGAGGGGCUGCUUUGUGGCCUUCAACACCCCCACUCACACCCCUCCCUCCACUCCAGCCCCCUGUGUGGGAUCGCCUUGACGACAGGAAGUUUAUAUAUGUGAGUCAGAGAACAGAGGCAGGCGGAUGGGGGAGGGGCCUGCACCACGGUUCCCUGCUCUCUCCCAGUAAGAGACCACUAAGCUGGCUAGGCUAACAGAGCUAACAGCCGAGUGGAAAGAGAAGGAAAACCCUCCUGGAACACCUUCCACUACAGGGAUCCACAGAAGGAAAUGACUAAGAGAAUUCUGGGAAUUCUCUGCUGGGUAGAACACUCAGACUACGGGAAAAAAGGAACAAAAGCCAGGCAGUAACGGAAGGUACCUCUUUCGGGACUCCGGAGUGAGAGGCUUCCUUGAGCCAGUUUUUAGAUAAGAUAGGAGAACUCUACGCCAGCCACGUAGAACUGUUUGUCAUUGCUUCGUCAGGAGGACUUCAGGAAAGGAGUGGGAGACUGCAGCCGGUAGAGCCAGUGACUUGCUGUCAAGGAGUAAAUAGUGAUAGUACAGCUCCUAGACCUGGACCUGACCCAUUCUCUCCCAACCCCAGACCAAAUAUAGCAGAGCACACUCAGCACAGUCUGGAGAAGAAGAGAGGAGAGGGGGAGAGAGAAGGAGAACCACCGGAGCCAAAUUUGACUGGACUUCACGCUGGAAAUCAUCACUCCUUGUCGCCGGCUGAUUCUGUGUGCAGAGAACAGGAAAGAGAUGGAGGACUGGAUGGCAGCCCUGAAGAGCGUUCAGAACAGAGAACACUUUGAGUCCACCCAGUAUAGCAUGGAUCACUUCUCUGGGAUGCAUAACUGGUACGCCUGCUCCCACGCCCGCCCCACCUACUGCAACGUGUGCCGCGAGGCCCUGUCUGGAGUCACCUCGCACGGACUGUCCUGUGAAGUGUGUAAGUUCAAGGCCCACAAACGUUGUGCUGUCCGAGCGACCAACAACUGCAAGUGGACUACUCUGGCAUCCAUUGGGAAGGACAUCAUCGAAGAUGAGGAUGGGAUCUCUAUGCCUCACCAGUGGCUGGAGGGCAACCUGCCAGUUAGUGCUAAGUGUACAGUGUGUGACAAGACGUGUGGCAGUGUCCUCCGACUGCAGGAUUGGCGCUGCCUCUGGUGCAAGGCCAUGGUGCACACGCUGUGUAAGGAGCAGCUGUCCACUAAGUGUCCCUUGGGGCAGUGUAAGGUUUCGGUCAUCCCUCCCACAGCCCUCAACAGCAUCGACUCCGACGGGUUCUGGAAGGCCACCUGUCCGCCUUCCUGCACCAGCCCUCUCCUGGUGUUCGUCAACAGUAAGAGUGGAGACAACCAGGGCAUCAAGUUCCUGCGCCGCUUUAAACAGCUGCUCAACCCUGCCCAAGUCUUUGACCUCAUGAACGGUGGGCCGCACCUUGGUUUACGGCUCUUCCAGAAGUUCGACACGUUCCGGAUCCUGGUUUGUGGGGGUGACGGCAGCGUGGGCUGGGUCCUCUCUGAGAUCGACACUCUGACGCUCCACAAACAAUGCCAGCUGGGUGUUCUGCCCCUGGGGACAGGAAAUGACCUCGCCCGCGUCCUGGGCUGGGGCUCGGCCUGUGACGAUGACGCACAGCUGCCUCAAAUACUGGAGAAGCUUGAGAGGGCCAGCACCAAGAUGCUUGACAGGUGGAGUAUUAUGGUGUAUGAGACAAAGUUCCCACGGCAACAUUCCAGCUCUACGGUGACAGAGGAUUGCAGCGAUGACUCUGAGGUGCAACAGAUUCUGACCUACGAAGACUCUGUGGCAGCCCACCUGUCCAAGAUCUUGACUUCAGAUCAGCACUCAGUGGUCAUCUCCUCAGCUAAGGUACUGUGUGAAACAGUGAAGGACUUUGUGGCUCGAGUGGGGAAGGCCUACGAGAAGAACAAGGAGAGCUCUGAGGAGUCAGAGGCUAUGGCCAAGAAGUGUGGGGUUCUGAGGGAAAAGCUGGACUCGCUGCUGAAGACGCUCAACGAGGAGGCGCAGGCAUCUACUAUGAUGCCUGCCCCCCCCCCAACCAUCGCUGAGGAGCAGGAGGAGGGCGAGGGAGUUCUGGUGCCAUCGUCGCCCUCACCCGCCACCAUCUCGUGCUCCCCCAGGCCCCUGACGGCCAUCUUUAAACCCAGGGAACAGCUGAUGCUGAGAGCCAACAGCCUGAAGAAAGCCAUCAGGCAGAUAAUCGAGCACACUGAGAAAGCGGUGGACGAGCAGAAUGCCCAGACUCAGGAGGUGUUUGCUCUGGGGAUGGAGGAGGAGGAGGAGGAAGAGCAGGACAAGCUGUCUCUGCAGUCGUCCUACAGCGGGAACGCCUGUAACAGCACCAGGGGCCAUCCAGUCCGCAGAGUGUCCAAGACUCCUUGUGAGAAGCUCAUCAGCAAAGGAAGCCUGUCAGUGGGCAGUUCUGCGUUACUUCCCGCCCAGACAGGAAGUCGCGAGAACAUGCCGAUGCUCAACACCAAGAUCCUCUACCCAAGUCUCAAGGCUGGUAUCUCUGGCUCCCUCUCCAGCAGUUCAGUCAUCAGCAGACUGCUGGUCAAUGCUGACUCCUUCAGCUGCGACCCAGAGACCUUUGACUGCUACACUGAGAAAUGUGUGAUGAACAACUACUUUGGGAUCGGCCUGGAUGCUAAGAUCUCACUGGACUUCAACAAUAAGAGGGAUGAGCAUCCAGAGAAGUGCAGGAGUCGCACCAAAAACAUGAUGUGGUACGGGGUGCUGGGCACCAAGGAGCUGCUGCAUCGCACCUACAAGAACCUAGAGCAGAAGGUAUUGUUGGAGUGCGACGGGAGGCCUAUCCCCCUCCCCAGCCUGCAGGGCAUAGCUGUCCUGAACAUCCCAAGCUAUGCAGGCGGCACCAACUUCUGGGGCGGGACCAAAGAGGAUGAUACGUUCACGGCGCCGUCCUUUGACGAUAAGAUCCUGGAGGUGGUGGCGGUGUUUGGCAGCAUUCAAAUGGCUGUGUCCAGAGUCAUCAACCUGCAGCACCACCGUAUCGCACAGUGUCGUACAGUGAAGAUCACCAUCCUUGGGGAUGAGGGUGUGCCGGUGCAGGUGGACGGAGAGGCCUGGGUCCAGCCCCCGGGGUACAUCAAGAUUAUUCACAAGAACCGAACGCAGACUCUCACCAGAGACCGAGCCUUCGAGAGCACGCUGAAGUCGUGGGAAGACAAGCAGAGGUGCGAGUUCCCCCGGCCGCUGCCCCAGUAUGCAUUGCAGCCGGAGAUCGUAUCCGAGGAAGAAGCCUCCCAGAUCAACCUGUUUGGACAGGCGGCCGGCGCCCUCAUCCACAGUAUCCGAGAAAUCGCUCAGUCCCACCACAGUAUGGAGCAGGAGCUGGCCCACGCCGUCAACGCAAGCUCAAAGGCCAUGGACGUGGUUUACGCCAAUUCCAAGAGCACAGGGGGUCUGAACUGCAGUGUUGUGGUUCAGAUGGUCAGUAACGUCAAGGCCCUUCACAGUGAGACAGAGCUGCUAAUGGCAGGCAAGAUGUGCCUGCAGUUGGAUCCUCCUCAGAAGGAGCAGUUAACUGGAGCCCUGGGAACUGUGGCCCAGCAGCUACGCAGACUCCCAGACAUACCCUGGCUGUGUCAGCUCAUCGAACCUGGGGAUGAUGAGGGACACCUGACGGAUUUCUCCAAGCGCAGCCGCAGUGCCAAGUUCCGUCUCGUCCCCAAGUUCAAGAAGGACAAAAACAACAAGAACAAGGAGGCCUGUGCCACUCUCACACUGCCAGUACACCAGUGGGGCACAGAGGAGGUAGCCGCCUGGCUGGAGCUCAUCUGUCUCACCGAGUACAAGGAGAUCUUUAUUGGGCACGACGUGCGCGGCGCCGAGCUGCUGCACCUGGAGAGGAGGGAUCUCAAGGACUUGGGGGUGACGAAGGUUGGUCACAUGAAGCGUAUUCUCCAGGGUAUCAGAGAGUUGAGUCGCAGCAGCACUGCCAGCGAAGCCUAGGCUCUCUGCUGUACAACUGUGUGUGCUGCACCAGACCCUCUACCUAAACUGACUGUACCCAGCCAUGCUGUACACACACCUACCGAGCCUUGAACAGCUUGAACCCAACGGGACCUCUAUACACUCAAAUAUGGAUAUGAGUUUAGUCCACCAAUAAAAUUUACCACAGUGCCUUUCUUCACACCCCAUCUCUGCAGCGUCCAUGUCUGGGAUCAACCAACUGAACUGCAAACGGAGGAGGCCAAACCACUAUCGCCACUGGGGAGGGGUGUUCAAUGAUGUCAGUUAAGAGUGGAAGGUCAGGAGAGAUUGCAGAGAAUCCAAUCGGGCUGACUACCAGGAACAAAGUCUGCUGACAGAAAAAUUCAACUACCCAGAAUGCCUUAUCAACAAACCAGCGCCAGACUCCACCAAUUAACGUUUGACCAAUUGACCUUUUUAAACAGUUGAUACAUUUCAGAAGCUUGUUUGCCAAGUCAAGGAAGAUUCAGAAACUAGCAAGGCUGCAUCUCAAAUGACCCUAUUCCUCAUAUAGGACACUAUUUUUGACCAGAGCUUCAUAGGUCAAGAGGUAAUGCACUGCAUGAUACUAGGAGGUGUCUUUUGAACAUAUAGAGUGGGCACCAUAGGUUAUAUUUCCAUAGUUUCCACUGACUGGAUCAUGGAAAAGACUUAUGGAAGAGGCUGAGUUUUUGUAUUGAAAUAUGCAUCUAUUUAUUUCUUAUGCGUUGUACUGGAUAUGUUGAGUUUGAAUGUGUUUGAACCAGGAUGUUUCUGAAAAUGACGUGGGAUGCCAGGUAAUAUGUUCCCAAAAGAAAAACAGAUAGACUGGAAGAGGUCUGAACUACAAGGAUAAGCAGCGACAAUCAACCAACCAAUGUAAUUUCUCUUUCUCCAUCUCUCAUCGUCCCUGUCCUUUUUAUAUGAAUAACAAUUACAAUUCUAACUACCUAGGUUGAAUGCGAGGCUGGUAAAUUAGACGAAAGCGACGACCCUGCUUUGUCACCAAAUGUCAUUUUAGAGCGUGAUGGGCCCCCGAUGUUCGUGUUUAUUAUUGCACAUCAGAGAUUCAGGUAGUCUCCCCAUUUCAAAAGGUUUCCCUCCUACUGAACACAACACUUAUGUAUUGUAGGGAAAAGCCAAACUUGACCUUGCCUUAAAUAAUCUACAAACUGUCACAUAUCAGGCAGAUCUCUUGGUGUGUGGAGCAUGUCAAUAAGAUCAUUUUUCGAACACUGCCUUAAGAUUAUUCACCUCGGUUAAAGUAGUUUCCCGAACCCAGGUUAAGCCUAUUUCUGGAUUAAACAUGCACACUCAAUGGAGAAUCUACCUCGAAAGUGCUUUUUAGUCCAAGAGUGGGCUCAAUCUGGGUCCAAGAAACUGUCCGGUAAUGUUUAAGGCCUCUGGUUUUUCCUGACCACGUUAUAUCCUGAAACUCAAAUCAACCACUAGUCCCUACCCCUGUGGGCAUUUGUGUAGAUAUGACAGGAUUGGAUUGGUCAAUAAGCAAUAUGGUGGCAGCUCAGUUUUGCCCCCCGACAGGCCAGGUGGAAUUGUCGCCAAUUGCUUAUACCUAUCCUCUUAGGUCUGCACAAACGAAUAGGAGGUAGGGAUUAAGGGUUUAUUUGGGAUUCGGUAAUAUCUAGGGUAUAAUAAGUAUGGCCCAGUGUUCUUCCUGGUCAAGUCCCUGGGUCAGAAGACACUCUUUGGCCUAGUCAUGUUCUCUUCCACUCAGUCCCGUGUGGAUGUCCAGGUUCUGUUUUAUGUCUGGCUGUGCAGUGAUGCAAUUAUUUUCAUUAUGGUCUGUAUGGUCAUAUAAUUUCCCUCCUCGCAACCUUUGGGGUUGUCCCUUUCUUCUUUGCUUGUCGAGAACCCCUGGGAAGCGGUCUCUUCCGUUCCAGUAUUUAUUGAUAAUUUAUACAUUAGAAAUAAUACUGUAUGCUAUACCUCUUUUUUCCUUGUACAUAAGACCGACCCACUUGGUUGUAAAUAUGUCUGUCUUGUAUAUUGAAAUACCGCCAUCCUGUAAUAAAAAUGGUAUAUGUGUGAG